AACCCUACAACACAAACACAUUUGCAAGCCAUUAGCCGAACAUUAACGAAGAAGAACGCAUUUUUUCUUGCGUGCAAAUUUGCAAAAAAGAAAAGAAUCAAAAACUUUAAUUUUAAAAUAUAAUAACUUUAUCAAUUAUAAACAACGCAACUAAACGUUAAAUUUACAAAAACGCGUGCCCCAGCAAGAAAAAAACGAGAAUUUUACAACAAAAACAUUUAAAGCAUCAUUAAUCAGCCUUGAAAAAGAAAAGUUUCGAGAAAGUGAAGAACAAUUUGUGGAAGAGCUAAAAGUAGAGGAAUAUGUCUGGCAUAGCUAUAACUCGUUUGGGCGAGGAACGUAAAGCAUGGCGUAAAGAUCAUCCCUUUGGAUUCGUGGCACGUCCUGCAAAAAAUCCUGACGGUACUUUAAAUCUUAUGAUUUGGGAAUGCGCUAUCCCCGGCAAGAAGAGCACACCCUGGGAAGGUGGUUUGUACAAAUUGCGUAUGAUCUUCAAAGACGACUAUCCAACAUCGCCUCCAAAGUGUAAAUUCGAACCUCCACUAUUCCAUCCAAAUGUGUACCCCUCGGGCACCGUUUGUUUGUCCUUGCUGGACGAAGAGAAAGAUUGGCGUCCCGCCAUUACCAUUAAACAAAUUCUCUUGGGUAUACAAGAUCUCUUGAACGAGCCCAAUAUUAAGGAUCCUGCCCAAGCAGAGGCUUAUACAAUCUACUGUCAGAAUCGCCUGGAAUAUGAGAAACGUGUUCGUGCUCAAGCCAGAGCUAUGGCGGCCACAGAAUAAGCGCCGUUGUCUUAUAUUGGAUAGUACUUUAUACUUUAAACUCCAUUAGUUAUUAAAAACCCCCCCCCCCAAAAAAACUCACAUUUAAAACACACGCGUCGAUACAUUUUUUCCAUCUGUAAAGCACUAAAGUUAGGAGUGCGAGGAGAAAAAAUUGAAAUAACGAAUCGGUUUUUUGUAAAAUGUCUGCUGCUAACAGCUUGUUUAACUAAAGACAAAAGACGGACAGAUGUUUUACAAAAUGGAUUUAAAAUUUUUAUAAUUAACUCUGUAACUAUGUACUACUAUUUAAAUUUCACAUUUAUUAUUAUAUUUUAUAAAUUAAAUGUAUUUUUUUUUCUUUUUGUACAAAAAAAACAAAAAAUAUAAUGGCUUUUUUUCAAUUAA